ACUCUGUGUGCCCUCCGCGGACCGGGCGACCCAGUGCACAGCGGCAGUGUCACUCUCCGUCCCGCUGACCCCGCGCCGAGCCCGGGCGGCUCGGGCCGCCGCUUCACGUAGCGCCAGGCAUCAAAAGCACAGUCUGGAAGACCCGACGCAUUGACAGCAUGAACCGCACCGCCUACACUGUGGGAGCCCUGCUUCUCCUCCUGGGGACCCUGCUGCCGGCCGCCGAAGGGAAAAAGAAAGGGUCCCAAGGCGCCAUCCCCCCACCCCACAAGGCCCAGCACAACGAUUCGGAGCAGACUCAGUCUCCCCAGCAGCCCGGCUCCAGGAACCGGGGACGUGGCCAAGGGCGGGGCGCCGCCAUGCCGGGGGAGGAGGUGCUGGAGUCCAGCCAGGAGGCCCUGCACGUGACGGAGCGCAAGUACCUGAAGCGAGACUGGUGUAAAACCCAGCCGCUCAAGCAGACCAUCCACGAGGAGGGCUGCAACAGCCGCACCAUCAUCAACCGCUUCUGCUAUGGCCAGUGCAACUCCUUCUACAUCCCCAGGCACAUCCGGAAGGAGGAAGGCUCCUUCCAAUCCUGCUCCUUCUGCAAGCCCAAGAAAUUCACCACCAUGAUGGUCACGCUCAACUGCCCCGAACUGCAGCCGCCCACCAAGAAGAAGAGGGUCACUCGCGUGAAGCAGUGUCGUUGCAUAUCCAUUGAUCUGGAUUAAACUAAAUUUGGAUGCACCCAGCCUGGCCCAGGCGGGCCCAGAGCCAGAUCUGAAACAACCCGAUUCUUAACUUGGCUUAAACUAGAGGCCAGAAGAACCAC